UCUGCCAGCGGCCACUAGCACUGUGUCCUCAACUACCGCUUUCACCGAGGCAGCGCUGUGGAAGGCUCGCGCAUAACAGGGAGUUGUCCCGGUCCAGAAAGACGGUUCUGUGUGCGAGUUUGCAGCGGGAAACGCAUCUCAAUACGUUUCAGCAAUGGCUGAAGCCCACCAGGCCGUGGCCUUUCAGUUCACCAUAACGCCUGAGGGCAUCGACCUGCAGCUGUCCUACCAGGCACUGAACCAGAUCUACCUGUCUGGAGUCCGAUCAUGGAAGAAACGCGUCAGCCGCAUCAGGAACAGGCUGAUAAAGGGCGUCUACCCCGCCAGCCCCUCCUCAUGGCUGUUCGUCGUCAUCGCCAUCCUGGCCACCAUGUACAUGCGCUCUGAUCCCAGCAUGGGUCUAAUCGCCAAGAUACAACAACACCUGCCUCUGAGUCUCCACGUGUCCCUCAGCGCUCAGGGCCAGACCAUGGUCUCAGCCCUGGUCUUCAGCACGCUGCUCUGGCUCUCCCUCAUCCUCACUCUCAGGUUCUGCCUGAAGCUGCUGCUCUCCUACCACCAGUGGAUGUUUGAACAGCACGGCCGUGUCUCCAACACCACCAAAGUCUGGGUGACUCUGCUCAGGUUGUUGUCCAGCAGGAAGCCCAUGCUGUACAGCUAUCAAACCUCUCUACCUCACCUGCCUGUUCCUGCCAUCAAGGACACACUGAGUCGGCACCUGGAGUCUGUGCGUCCUUUGCUCAAUGAUGUAGAGUUUGAGCGAAUGACUGAACUGAGUCAGCUGUUUGAAAAUAGUUUGGGAAAUCGACUCCAGCGCUACCUGAAGCUUAAAGCACUGUGGGCUACAAACUAUGUCAGUGACUGGUGGGAGGAAUAUGUUUACUUGAGGGGUCGAGGUCCAAUCAUGGUCAACAGUAACUACUACGGCAUGGAUUUCCUGUACGUGACACCAACCCCCCUGCAGGCGGCCAGAGCAGGAAACACCAUCACGGCUCUGCUUCUCUAUCGACGCAAGUUGAACAGAGAGGAACUCAAACCGAGUUUUGUUCCUGGUACGGUCAUCCCUCUGUGUGCCGCUCAGUGUGAGAGGAUGUUCAACACAACACGCACCCCCGGAGAGGAGACUGAUGUCAUACAGCACUGGCAGGACAGUGAGUUUGUGGCAGUCUACCACAAGGGGCGCUUUUUCCGGCUGUGGGUGUACCACGCCGGUCGACUGCUUUCCCCUCGGGAAAUUGAGUACCAGGUUCAGAGGAUCUUGGAGGAUUCCUCCCCCUCACAGCCAGGAGAGGAAAAACUGGGGGCUCUGACUGCUGGAGACAGGGUUCCUUGGGCUCAAACCAGAAAAAAAUUCUUCAGCUCCGGUGUCAACAAGCGCUCGCUGGACAUCAUAGAGAGGGCGGCGUUCUUUGUCACCUUGGACGAUGAAGAGCAGGGCAUGAGAGGAGACGAUCCGGAGGGAAACCUGGACCGCUACGCCAAGUCCCUGCUGCACGGGAAAUGUUACGACAGGUGGUUUGAUAAAUCCUUCUCCAUCGUCAUAUACAAGAAUGGGAAGAAUGGCCUGAAUGCAGAACAUUCCUGGGCUGAUGCCCCCACCAUUGCCCACCUCUGGGAGUACACACUGGCCACAGAUGCCUUCCAGCUGGGCUACAUUGAGGACGGCCACUGUAAGGGCGACGUGGACCGGUCACUACCGUACCCUCAGAGACUUUUCUGGGACAUUCCCUCAGAGGUUGAGGUCCAGGUCCAAAGAUCUCUGUCCGUGGCCCAGGCGCUGGCCGACACCGUGGACUGCUACAUCUUUCCCUUCAGAGAGUUUGGCAAAGGGCGGAUCAAGAAGCUGCGCGUCAGCCCAGACGCCUUCAUCCAGAUCAGCCUGCAGCUGGCGUACUUCAGGGACCGCGGUGGUUUCUGCCUGACCUACGAGGCCUCGAUGACCCGUCUGUUCAGAGAGGGCAGGACGGAGACGGUUCGAUCCUGCUCCAACGAGAGCUCCGACUUUGUCAAAGCUCUGGAAGGUGGAGAGUCAGCUGACCAGUGCAGACGCCUGUUCCGCCUGGCGUCGGAGAAACAUCAGAACCUUUAUCGAAUGGCCAUGACUGGAGCUGGAAUAGACAGACACCUCUUCUGUCUGUAUGUGGUGUCCAAGUACCUGGGGGUGGAGUCGUCGUUCCUUAAAGAGGUUCUGUCGGAGCCGUGGCGUCUCUCCACCAGUCAGACUCCGGUGCAGCAGAUGGAACUGUUUGACCUCAAAAACAACCCCGACUACAUCUCCCUGGGCGGGGGCUUUGGACCGGUGGCAGACGACGGAUACGGCGUUUCUUACAUCAUCGUCGGCGAGGAUUUGAUCAACUUCCACGUGUCGUCCAAAAACUCCUGCAGCGAGACUGACUCCCACAGGUUCGGAGCCAAGAUAAGUCAAGCUCUCAAAGACAUCAUGACCGUCCUGUCCUCUGACCCCAAGACCUCCUCGUCCUCCAGGGCCACGGAGCAGCGUCAGUCCAAGAAGCUCCUCUGAGUGCAGCAGCAGGAGGAGGAGGAGGAGGAGGAGGAAGAGGAGCUCCUUAACAGCAGCUCCUUGUGGAAAUAGUCCAUGAACUUUGACUUUUUAAAGUGUGGAGGAAAAGGGAGGGAAACCUGAGGGUUAAACAGGACCAUGUCAAUUUUUGUUCUGGUUACUGUUUCACACACACACACACACACACGUACAUGUUUCUGUGGUUGUGAAAAGGUCAAAGGUCCAUCCCUGACUUCCUUUCUUUCUUUUUUUCCCGUUUGUCGACACUUGAGUUCCGACAGAGUGAUAUUUAUUGUACAGGAAGUCGUUGAAGUGAAACAUUCAUCAUGAAACGACCAGAUUAAUGAUGUGGGUUUUUAUUUGAAGUUUAUUUUUGGAGCCAGUGUGAAAUGAGGCCAAACAGCUGAUCCACUGAGCUGGGGGGGGCAGAGGGAGGGGGGGGGUGUAAAGGUCUACGGUUAGCUUAAUUACAGGUUAACAGUGAACUAGGUUGAUGGUUAAAUACUGGUUUAUCAGUAACACUUCCUGUCACUGAUGGUUUGGCUGUUUGUUCUCCCUCCCUGUGUGACAGAGUCGGUGUCAUGUGACCAAUCACAGAUCUAGGAGGUAUCGGGACCUGACCAGUGCAGUCCUGUUAACCUAGCAUAGCGAUAACCAACUCAUUAACUCUAACCCUGUGUCGUAGAUUAUUCAAAAUAUAUUUGUUACUGUGUCUUUUGUUGGUUUCAGGUUCAACGUGUUUAACUUGUCGUUUUCACACUGUUCAAAGACCAGAGCAUUAACACGGACCCCGGUCUGGGUCAGUGGACCCCGGUCUGGGCCCACGGACCCCGGUCUGGGCCCACGGACCCCGGUCCGUGAAGCAGUGAGUGAAGUGACAUCGUCUUCAUCUGAUUUUAACAACAUUGAUUAAAGUUGUAACAUUUUUUUAAACCAGGUACAGAUUGUGUUCUAACCCCGGUCGGUGCUGAUGUGGUUUACUGAGUCCAGAACCUUCUGUUGUUACUGUCACGACUUUGUUUAUGGUGAACCUUGUUUUUUUUUUUGUUUGUUUGUUUUUUUUUUUGUAACAUGUUUAUAAACAGUGGUGACGGCGUUUGUAUAAAAUAAAACUUUUACUGAC